AUGUUUCAGUCCCAGCAGACCCAAAACAAUUCUUUUUCUUCAGAAUCCCUGGCAAAACCAGAUCAUCCAGUAUUGCCUCAACUCAGGACCAGGCGGAUUCUAUGGCCAUUAUUUAUUGUUAUUGGUCAACUCUCCCUCAUGAUCUUUGCUCUUGGACUUCUUCUGAUUGUCCGUGCUCAUGUCCAAAUUCCUAUGGGUGCCCUCGCUGUAGAGUUCUUUGAGAUCAAUCCUCAACUGCAAACAUAUAUCUUCACAACAUUGGCCACUGCUCUGUCAUUAUUUUCUUCCUUUCUUUUUACACAAGCAGUGACACAUGGGCUUAUUGUGGCCUUGACACAUCCACUCCGUAUCUCAACUCUAGGAUUUGGGGUCAGGCUGUCAAAGAAGUCGCUGAUCCUUGAUAUGAAAUACAAAUAUUGGGCGUUGGCAAGUGCUGCUAUCUUUCUGUUAGGGUUGGGUCAAACUCCUGGAUGGUCUUCACUCCUCACCCCUGGUCACAUUACAGUCUAUGUCAAUUUGACUGGAAUUGAGCUGGAUUUAAAUCAGACCUCUGUGCAACUAGAUAUCAGCAAAAGCUGGGACAAUCAGCUGUUUCCCAUUAUCAAUGAUAUCAAUGUUCUUCCCAGCUUACUUGAAGCUGGCUCUGUCUCAGUAACGGCCUCUGCUGGACAUGCAGCCAUUAUUGAGUUUGGGGGAUUUACAUACUCUGGAUCUACCAAUGGGGUAACUGGGAUCAAUCUCAGGAGGAACAAUACAAAUAGCUUGAAGGCAACAUUACCCAGCAUCUUUGAUGUUAUGAACACUUCACCCUUUCCACCCUCAACUGACCUAUCAAAUGCCAAGUUUGUUAUGCAGCAGCAAGGGGUUUUUGUGAAUGUCUCCUGUCAAUAUUAUGCAUUCGAAGCUCUUGCUAGCAGGCAGCAAAUUUCCCGCACUGGGACAGUUUUCCCAGUCCCAACCCUCAAUGCAGACAAUGUAGUUUGGAGAAUUCAAAAUGAAUGUGGUAAUGAACAGGGUAAAGCCAUCUUUACAGACUUUUACAAUAACACUUGGUCACUAGUUGCUUGUGAAAGUGGCAACACUUUUGACCAACCUGUGUUUAAUAUGAUUAUUGAUGGCCAGGGUAGAUACCCAGGGGACUUUGCCUGUUCAAUGACUACAGUGAUUGGCGACACAAUAGCAAAUUAUACAGCUAUCACAGAUGGUUAUACCAUAAUCGCAGACUAUGCUGGCUCAUCCCUCACCAAUAUUGGUCCAAUGGGUUAUGCUGCGUUCAACUCAACAAAAAAUGCAUUUGGCUAUGCACAGUCAGCAGAUGGGAAUAUUAUCGGUGACACACUACGAGCCCUUCUCUCACAUCAAGGGACAACAAGUGAAGAAUUAAACUUGAAUGAGGAUCAAUUAAACCAAUUUGCUCGUGCCUUGGAGGCAUAUCUUAGUGGAGUCACUGAGUUGACUGCUACUAUUGUCAAAGCAAAUCUUGCUUAUAACCUGGAGUCACAAGGCCUUCUCACACCUGAUAAAAUACGCAACAUUACAGGUUAUGCAAUGGUAGACACAAUUGGUUGGCAGUACAAGGCUGUCAGCAGCAAUAUUGUCAUCAUCCCAAUCUUCAUCUUUGGAUUUCUUACAAUUGGGAUUGCAGUUGUGGCACAGUACUACAACAAUGGAGUACUGCUAAGCCACUCUCACUUUGACCCCAAUGAUCCUUGGUCAAUCAUGGCAGCAGCAGCAGCAGGAGGAAUGGAACAUAUCUUUCCUGGUGUACAACAUAGAGAUAUAGAGCAAGGACUAGAGCUGAAGAUUCAGUUAGGCCAGGUGGAAGGAAGGGAUGGGUUUGUUGAAGGAAAUCAGUAG